AUGUAUAAUUUAACGUUUGUUUCUUUAGGCUUCAUAGAACCUUAUAGCGAAGCUUUUCUGCACGAUCUCCGAAGACAACGCAUUUUUAGAUGUAGUAAACACCAAAAGGAAGAGGAACGUAAUUUACUAGGCAUGAACCUGAUCGGCAGUUCAAUAGUAAGCUCCUUUCUCAAAGUUCCUAAAAACCUUAUAUUCCGAGAGGGAGACCCCCUUCUAUUAGACUCAAAAGACAUACCGAGUUGCAUACUAGACAAAAUUUACGACGCUAAUGUCGUUGUGAAUCACCUAAUAAAAUUAGCAAAAGGACAUUGGGGACUACUCGAAAGAUAUUACAGCGAUCAGUGGUUACUUUGGAGACUCGAACCUCCUACAGAAGAUUUGCAGCAUGACCAGCCGUUGCUUGACCAUCAUCAGAACAGUCAAUACAAGAUCAAGACGAUCGAUGAGUGGUGUCGUAUUGAUAUACCGGAUUUAAUUGGCUUCUGGAAAGAAGAUCAAUAUACAGGGCAUGAUGCUAAUGAAUACGUGGGGCUAGAUUUUAUCAUCUCACCUCCAGAUAAGAUUCUAUCUUCUAGAGAUACAAGCACCUUGGCAGAAGUUUCACAGGAUCCAAUCCAGUAUUUGAACAAAAAAUAUUAUGAAACUUUAUUUCAACUUGGGGUACCUCUGGCACUAUUUGUAAAGUCUAAGCUUUCGAGAUUAAAGAAUAUCUGUAAAAAUAAGCAAGCAAAUUUAUAUCGAGACGUACUCUCAAUAAUGAUACUGGAUCUUGCGGAGUUCGGCGGGCGUCAUGAUGCAGAGCAUCAAGGUUUGUUAAUAUAUGAACUACCAAGUUAUGCAGCAGAAUUACGGGAAAAAUAUAUUAUAAAUCAAUUCCAUAUACAUAAUCUUCGGGAUAACAAGGGACAGGCAUCAUAUGUUAAAGAUUUGAUAAUGAUUCUUAAAGCUCGGGAACUAAAACUGCAAAUCAUACUUCUGCUUGAGAUAAUAUCUUUAGAAAAAAUGGAUGCAUGCUUUAAAGACUUUGAACUUAAGUAUAGAAGCAAUCUAGAUAAGAGAUCUCUGGAGGUUACUAAAGCCAACCCAAUGUUCCGAAGACGAAGAAAGGAGAACCAACAUAAAGCUACUAAAAAGAAGAAACUUGAUUUAUGCGAACAAUUGGACAUAUUACUUGAUAAACUUACAAUAGCAGAUAUAUUAUUAACUACAGAACCUAGAAUUCAUAUAGAUGAAGAAAAGAAGCAGGAUCAAACUCCACAGGAAAAAAUACUCGAACUAAAACGCAAUAUGUUAAAUAAAGGUAAAGAGGUUUCAUCACUUGGGUUCAUAAGCUAUGUUUUAGUCCCUUAUUGGUCUAAAAGGACUCCAAAUGUAGUUGCAUUUAUCAUAAAGAAAAUUAAAGGUCCUUCUUUGCAAAAGAAUUUACCUUCUUCAACCAGGUCUUCAUCAUUACCAAGUGAAGAGCCUAGUAUUGCAUCGAGACGCAGCUCACUUUCAUCCACAACAAAUUCUUCUUGUCCCUCGUCUCCAAAAACAACACAAUUGAAAAUAGCAUCUGGAUCGUCAGCAGUAAACCUUCUAAAUUCAAGAACCAGUUCCAACUUAGUGGAAUUUUUAGAAUCCGAUAAUUCAUUGGGAAAACGACCUUCAUUGUCUAGGACAAAUUCUGAUUUGUCAUUGAAUAGAUUACAGAAGAGACAGCUGCCCGCUUCAGACUUAGCCUCAAUGAACAUUUUGAGGAAUCAGGUAUCCUUUGAUGGCACUAGUAGUUUUACUUCUGUCUAUGGAAGGUACAAGUCGACUGCUAGAGCAGUAACACAGUCGUUCCGGAGAGUUGGGAAACGAAAAUUACAACCAAUGACAGAGGACAAGCCAGUUGAUGAAACCAGAUAUGAUAUUCAAGUAACAGCAACUCCUAUAAAGGAAGCUAAGUCUAGUAAGCCAGUUGAUAGAUUACAGGUUAUAGAAUCACCAGUUGCAACAAAUACAUCCCCUGCCAAGUCAUUAAUAGAGAUUGCUGCAACUCCGUUGAAGCGGAGGCUCAGUGUGAAACAACGAUUUCAGGAUGAGGCAUCAAACACAGUAACUAGUAGUUCAGCACCUCAUAAAGUAGAGCUUGCACAGAAGCCUGAAUUAAACGCUGAGAUAAGCCCCAUUAUAGCAGCUCGCCCAAAGCACAAAAAAGUACGUAGACGACUCUUUAUACCAUCUUAA